GCACACAUACUGUGAGAUAAUUUGACUUUACGUACACCAGGCGAUAAAAAGGCAUAUAAAUAGAGCGAAGGGCAUAUGUAUUCGUUUUCGAAAUCCCAUCUGGUUGGUACAUAAAUUGCACAGCAGCCGGCAAAAUUUACAAAAAUACUGAGCAUUAAGCCGUUUUAAAAUUAGCUUUUCCUUCACAGCAAAAAAUACUUUUACAAGGCUUCGUCCGAAAGUAGAUUUCUGAUACUUGUACUAUUUAUUCGGGAUUUAUUGGGACGCGUAGUGGUUACAGUUUUCAGCAUUACAAUGGCGGAUAAGGAUGUCUGUGCCGGAUGUUCUAAACCCAUUAAAGGAUCUUGCCUUACCGCCCUAGAGAAGUCUUGGCAUCCACAAUGCUUCGUAUGCAAUGGCUGCCGGAAGGAAUUUACUGAAAAAUCCUUCCAUACACGCGACGAUAAGCCCUACUGUGACGCCUGCUACGCGGAUAAAUUCGCUCCCAAAUGCACUGGCUGUACCAAACCCAUUUCCGGAUCAUAUGUGACAGCAUUAGAAGGACCAUGGCAUGCCGCCUGUUUCGUCUGCCACGAAUGUCGACAACCUUUUGAAAAGGGAAGUUUCUACGACGUGGAAGGCAAACCAUACUGCAAAAAAGACUACGAGGCUCAGAAUGCGUAAAGAAGACAGACUCUGCGUUGAAUGUUACGUAAUUAUUACCAACCAAUGCAGCAUAUAUAUCACAACUCGACCGAAAUAUCACACGUUCCGGCAAAUUAAAACUACUGUUUAGCUAAGUUUAGACAACUUCUGAGCUGUUUUAGCUGGCUUGGAAACGAUAAUGAAGCUAUGUCCUGUAUGUAGGCAGAAUAUAACAUUUCCAAAAUAUUUAUAUCACCACACAACUCCACAAGCAUCAGUCUUUGGCUUCUUGUGAACUUGGUUUUUGGCAUGAUAUGUCACGUCACGUCAGCGUUGGGUACAACUGUCUUCGCGAGUUGUGCUUAUUUUGUACGGUAAUUAGCUGGUUUAUUAUUAGUAUGUGUCAACGUCUUGAUUAAACUUACACUGAAUA